AUGCGUCAAACCCUUCUCGCUUGGUUGCUCUGCCUCGGCUCUCUCAUCGGGACGUCUUUUGCCGCCCCUGGUCGUCCCUCUAAAGCCCCCCGUGGUUUCGUACAGACAAGGGGAAGGUCCUUUGAAUUGGACGGGAAGCCAUUCUACUUCGUUGGGGCGAACUCUUAUUGGCUUCCACACCUCACCAACCAACGCGAUGUUGAGGCCACCUUCAGAGAAAUGAGGGACGCUGGCAUCAAGGUCCUUCGAACCUGGGGUUUUAACGCUAUCAACGCGACUGAACUUCCAGAGGCACUUGCAUCCAACCUGACUUACUAUCAGGUUUGGGAUGGCCCCAAGUGGAAGUUGAACGAUGGUCCUCAAGGUUUGCACCGCCUGGACAACAUCGUUGAGACUGCAGGAAAAUACGGCAUCAAGGUCAUUAUUGCGUUCACAAACAACUGGGGUGCAUACGGAGGCUCCUCUCUCUAUGUUAACUGGAUUGCUGGCUCCCAAGGAACCCACGAUACCUUCUAUACGGACCGAAGGAUUGUCGCUGAAUACCAGCGUUAUGUCCGCGUGCUGGUCAGCCGCUACAAGCAUUCGCCCAACAUCUUUGCCUGGGAGUUGAUGAACGAAGCUCGCUGCAGAGGCGACAUGCAGGGCGGACCUGAGUGUGUUGCGGGUUCUGAUAUCAUCACACAUUGGUAUAGGGAACAAUCUGACUUCAUUCGCUCCUUGGAUCGCCACCAUCUCAUCACCACCGGAGGUGAAGGCCAUUUCUACAAGCGAGAUGAGGAUAUUGGUUACUGGUUGAAUGGUCAAUGGGUCUCUGACUACAACUACAACGGCGAUGCUGGUGAAGAUUUUGACGUUGAUCUCACCCUUCCCAACAUUGACUUUGGAACCUACCACAUCUAUCCUCAAUACUGGUACGCUAACUUGGACAACCCCGAGCGAACAAACUUCACUAUCGGCGCUUGGGGCCUUGACUGGAUCCGUCAACACGCCGAAUCUGCCAAGAAGGCGAACAAACCAGUCGUCCUUGAAGAAUUCGGUACCUGGGGUCUCCAAAACAAGACAGAGAUCUAUCCUCGAUGGGUCAAGACUGCUCUUGACACUGACCAUGCACAUGUAUACGAUCUCAUCUUCCUCCAAAGAAUCAUGCCCUGGCAAUUCGGUAUGCUCGGCUUGAAAGAGCACGGGGGUAACAGGCAUAUUAAGUAUGGUGACUACAUCAUCGACGGUGCCUCUCCCAACGACAGCUUCACUUACUAUAAGAACCAGACGGCCGUGUGGAAAGUUUUCACGGAUGCCGCGAAGGUUCAAGCUUUGAAAUCGAGGCGUUGGUGA